AAGCAAAAAGCUGCGAAAUGUGGAACUCCCUGUCUCCCAGACGACAAUCAUUCCAGCCUUUGAAUGUGCGUAUAAAAGGAAUGAGGGCACCUCGCUCUGGAUGCAUUACUAGGGCUAGGUUGUGUCCAUGGUUCAAAUUACGGCGUGAGCAAGUCUCACGAACAUGCUCUUCGGGGUACCUGUUUGGAUAAGACUUUUCAUACAAGCUUUGAGCUUUGGAUAUAAGCAAGCCGCAGCGGUCAAAUGUUCUGCAUGUUCUGAAGUCUUGUCUCUACAUAUACGAUUGAAUGAUUUUACGGGAGUCCUUAACUGGUGGAACGUAUCAUGUGACAUACUGGAUUUAAGUUCGAACCUUGUGAGUCACCCUUUUAAAACUUUGAGGUUCGAUGUGCUAUCACCAUCAUUCGAAUAUCUCAAUGUCUUUCUCGAACAUUCUGAUUCACUUACGAGUAUGAGAUGCAUCUAUGUAGCGCCGAGGAACUUCUUGGCCAGGGCGUCUCUGUGACUCUUUUUGAACUGCAGUGAGACUCAGAACCCCAUGUUAGAUGGCUGUCAGAGAGUGCUGGACUGUGUUCAUGGGCACGUAAUCGGCGCCC